UAUUUAUGGCUCCCUCUGUGUUCAAUGUUGGACAGGCAUUUCGUGCUUGAUGACCGGGCGUUUCCGAUCCUGGCAGUGUAGGAAGUGCGAUAAAAGAUGGCUGCAACACUGAGACCAUACCUUAAUGCUGUGAGGUCAACAUUGACCGCUGCUAUGUGCCUAGAAAACUUCUCUUCACAAGUUGUAGAAAGACACAACAAACCAGAAGUAGAAGUCAGGAGUAGUAAAGAAUUAUUGUUGACACCGGUGUCAGUGAGCAGAAAUGAAAGAGAGAAGGUUCUAAUAGAAGGUUCAAUCAACUCGCUCAGAAUAAGCAUCGCCAUCAAGCAGGCUGAUGAAAUCGAGAAGAUCCUUUGUCACAAAUUUACCCGCUUUAUGAUGCUCAGAGCAGAUAACUUCUUCAUUCUUCGAAGAAAACCUGUAGAGGGGUAUGACAUCAGCUUCCUCAUCACAAACUUCCACACAGAGCAGAUGUUGAAACACAAGCUGGUGGACUUCAUCAUCCAGUUCAUGGAGGAGAUCGACAAGGAGAUCAGUGAGAUGAAGCUCAGUGUGAAUGCUCGUGCUAGGAUUGUCGCAGAGGAAUUCCUUAAAAGGUUUUGAGGAAUGCCACACCUUAGCUCUUCUUCAUGUCUUUUAUACACCAAACCAUUCAGAGUCUGGCUCCCAGGACCCCCGAUGUACAAUACAUUCCUUGGACAAGGGCAACUUUUUUUACACCUUGUACUCUGACUUUAAAUACUCUACCAAAAAAAAAAA